GCAGGUGUUGCAAGACAUUGAUAAGACAUUAUUUGUUUUUAGAUUAAAGAGAAUUUUUCCAUGUUAACAAUAUGAAAUGGGAAAACCACGAAAAAGGUUGACUCAAAGAAAAGGCUCUGCUAAAAGACGAAGAACAACAUCAAAUGAAACACAGCCUUCCAAUUCAAAUAGAGAGCAAGAAGAAAAUGAAGACGAAUCGAGAAGUUUUGAAAUUAACUCAGUCCAACCUUCUUCAUCAUCAGUUAAUUUGAUUACUCCCCCCCAAACUGAAAAUAGUACAACUGAAUUUGUUUUUGCACCACCAGUAUCAUUUUCUCCUGAACCAGCUGUGUCUGAUGAAAAUGUUGCUACAAAAAUUGAGCUUGCUCCUGCAGUUUCUCCUGGGGAGUCAUCGAGCUCUGAUGCACAGUUACAAAGCAAUAGGACUAGUGUAAUUGUAGAAAUAAUUGAUGUUGACAAGCUGCCAGAACGUCCUGACUCGCCACCUGGUAACGAUGUAAUUGAAAUCAGUCCUCCGAGAAACCUUUCUUCAAGAAGUAGCUUAUCUCUUAGACAUUAUGUUGAUUUAACAAAUUCGGAAAGCAACUUAAGUUCCACAACUUCUGACAUUACAGAACAACAUGACUUACAUAACGAAGAUGGUGAUGCAGAUAAAAAUGAUAAGGACAAGAGUGAUGGUGAUGAUUUACCAAAUGUGUUAAAAUUGCCAAGUAAAUCGCCCAAUCCAUCAGGAAGUGCGUUCACAAUUAGUUGUCCAAUAUGCAUGGAAGAUGCGAAAGAGAUUUUAUCACAGAAGAAACAACUGAUGUCUACGAUGUGUGGUCACGUAUUCUGUAACAAAUGUAUUAUGACGUCUUUAGAAACAAAAGGGAUGUGUCCGACCUGUCGCAAAAAACUAAAAAAGAAACAAUUGCACCCUAUAUUUAUAUAAAUUU